GACAUUAAUAUCAAGGCAAGGCUUAUAAUAUCCUUUGUCUUCCGAACUGGAGUCACGCUGAAACAGCCUGGUGAUUCUGGAGCUAUGAGACUGAGUAGGAAAAGCACCGCUUCAUUCAGAUGUUCAAAGAAGUGUGCUGCUUCAGCACAGAGCAUUGGUGUGAUGUUAACCCUGGUCUUGGGGAUCUGGAAUGUUCAGGCAGAAACAGAAGAGGAGUUUCAAUCUGUAUAUGUGUGGAAACCAGGCACCUGGGGGAGAUGUAUGGGAGAGGAGUGUGGCCCAGGAGGUGUCCAAACCAGGUCAGUAUGGUGCGCCCAUGUGGAGGGAUGGACAACUUUACCCACUAACUGUAAACCAGCAGAAAGACCUGAGAAUCAACAGAAUUGUUUCAAAGUCUGCGAUUGGCAUAAGGACCUGUAUAACUGGCAGGUGGGCGAAUGGAGCAAAUGCUUGCCAGUUGCUUUCAGGAACCCUUCUUCAAGGCAAACCACUGAGUGCCUGAAAGGUGAAGAAGGAAUUCAGAGCAGAGAUGUAACUUGCAUCGAGAAAAGAAAUGGAGCUGCAGUAGAGGAUGAUAUCUGUGACUAUUUUGAGACUAAGCCCCACCUUGAACAAGCCUGUCUCAUCCCCUGCCCACAGAACUGUGUGGUAACAGAAUUUACUCCCUGGUCAGAAUGCACUAAAUCCUGUGGGGUAGGGUUACAACACCGAAUUCGUCAAAUAUUAGUACCCCCUCUCUAUGGUGGUGAACCUUGCCCCAACCUGACUGAGUUUCGGACCUGCACGUUCAGUUCCUGUGAUGCAGAAGAAAGUAUUUACAGUUUGAGAGUUGGCCCCUGGAGUGCAUGCUCUCUUCCACAUUCUCGACAAGCUCGGCAAGUAGGAAAACGGAUGAGGGACCCAGAAGCCCGGGAGCUUAUGAAGAAAAAGAGGAACAGAAACCGUCAAAUCCGUCAGGAGACUAAAUAUUUUGUUGUAUUGAUUGGUUACCAAACAAGACAAGUUACAUGUACUCACAAAAAUGGAAAGACCGCUGCUCUGAGCUUCUGCACACAGGAAAAGCUACCAAUUACCUUCCAGUCCUGUGUAGUUCCAAAGGACUGUCAAACCUCAGAAUGGUCCGAAUGGAGCCCAUGUUCAAAGACUUGUUACAGUGCAACCUCUACUAAAGGACUCCGUACCAGAACAUCCAGUAUUAAGCAAUUUCCUGUCGGCGGUGGGAAAGAGUGUACGUCCCUAGAGGAAAAAGAACCUUGUGCUCCCCAAGGGGAAGGUGUGCCACCCUGUGUUACAUAUUCAUGGAGGACAACAGAAUGGAGUGAAUGUCGAGUUGACUCGCUACUCAGCCAGCAAGACAGAAGACGUGGAAACCAAACUGCCCUCUGUGGUGGGGGAAUUCAAACCCGGGAAUUCUACUGUGUGCAGGCUAAUGAAAACCUCUUAUCUUAUCUGAACACACUUACGGAAAAGGAAGCUGAAAAACCUGUUGCCAACAGGUUGUGUACUGGACCCACACCAAACACCACACAGUUGUGUCAGAUUGCCUGUCCCAUUGAAUGUGAAGUAUCAUCCUGGACUGCUUGGGGACCAUGUACCUAUGAAAGCUGUGACGAUCCACAAGGAAAGAAAGGAUUUAAACUGCGGAAACGACACAUUGCCAAUGAACCUACUGGUGGAACAGGGAAUUGCCCACAUUUGCUUGAAGCUAUCCCUUGUGAUGACCCAUCCUGUUACAGUUGGCAGGUUGUGGGACUGGGAGAAUGUACACCUGACAAUGACAGUGAGUGCGGGCCGGGCAUCCAGACACCAGAAGUUCAAUGUAUCAACAGCAAUCGAGAUUUUGUAGACAGAAAAUUGUGCAGAGAAGCUAUCUAUCCAGUCCCGGUUUUGUGUGAAGUACCUUGCCCAAGAGACUGUGUUCUUAGCAAAUGGUCAGAGUGGUCAUCAUGCUCGUAUACCUGCUCUGGAAAGACCACUGAGGGUAAACAGAUACGUGCACGCUCAAUUCUAGCAUAUGCAGCUGAAGGAGCAGCACAGUGUCCGAACAGCAGUGCCUUACAGGAAAUACGCAGCUGUAAUGAGCAUCCUUGUACUGUAUACCACUGGCAGGCUGGUCAUUGGGGUCCUUGCAUUGAAGACUUGUCUGUAGCUACUCUUAAUUCAAGCACCAGCUGGAGUGGUGAGGCAACCUGUGCUGUGGGAAUGCAAACUAGAAAGGUUAUUUGUGUGAGAGUCAACGUGGGACAAGUGGGACCAAAAAAGUGCCCUGAAACUGUACGACCAGACACAGUGAGACCAUGCCUCCUACCAUGUAGAAAAGACUGCAUUGUAACACCUUAUGGUCACUGGACACCUUGUGAUUCAUCAUGCAGUGAAGGAGAUGAUACCAAAACAAAACAGUCCCGUCAUCGUAUCAUCAUUCAAUUGCCAUCGAAUGGAGGGCAAGAUUGUCCUGACACUCUCUUUGAGGAGAAGGACUGUGAGACCCCUUCUGUCUGCAGUAAUUACAGGUGGAAAACACACAAAUGGCGCCGAUGUCAGUUGGUGCCUUGGAAUGUCCGUCAAGACAGCCCUGGAGCACAUGAAACCUGUGGUCCAGGACUUCAAACCAGAGCAAUAUCAUGUCGCAAGCAAGAUGGUGGUCAAGUGGACAUUAAUAAUUGCAUGAAGUGGGCUGGCACAAUGCCACCUUUAACUCAACACUGUCAAUUGCCCUGUCAAGAUGAUUGCCAGUUCACCAACUGGUCCAAAUUUUCUCCCUGCAGUGGUGACUGCGGUACAGUACAGACCCGAAGGAGGACACUUGUUGGGAAAAGCAAGAAGAGAGAAAAAUGUAGGAACACUCAACUUUUCCCUCUGAUUGAGACCCAGUUUUGUCCAUGUGACAAAUACACAGCCCAGCCUAUAGGCAACUUGUCUGACUGCAUUCUGCCUGAGGGAAAGAUGGAAACCUUGCUUGGCAUGAAGAUCCAAGGAGAUAUCAAAGAGUGUGGACGGGGAUAUCGCUAUCAAGCCUUGGCUUGUCGAGAUCAGAAUAACAGACUCGUGGAAUCAGGACGAUGCAACAGGCAUGCUUACAUAGAGGAGGCUUGCACCAUUCCCUGUCCUUCCGACUGUAAGCUUAGUGAAUGGUCCAAUUGGUCUCGCUGUAGCAAAUCAUGUGGUAGUGGAGUGAAGGUCAGAUCCAAGUGGUUGCGUGAGAAGCCAUACAAUGGUGGAAGACCUUGUCCAAAACUUGAUCACACCAACCAGGCUCAGGUAUAUGAGGUGGUUCCCUGUCACAGCGACUGCAGUCAGUAUGUGUGGAUAACAGAACCAUGGAGUGUGUGCAAAGUGAGCAAUGUGGACCUAAAGGAUAACUGUGGAGAAGGUGUGCAAACCCGCAAAGUGAGGUGCAUGCAGAAUACAAUGGAUGGUCCCACUGAACUUGUUGAAGACUACCUCUGUGAUCCAGAAGAAAUGCCAAUGGGUUCCAGGCAAUGCAAGCUACCAUGUCCUGAUGAUUGUGUUAUAUCUGAAUGGACAUCAUGGAGCAGGUGUCUUCUGCCUUGUAACAGUAGUACUGUUCGAGAGCGGUCGGCAGUUCCAUUAAGGCAGCCAGGAGAAGGGAAACCCUGUCCACCUGAAACAGAAACCGAGCCCUGCAACCUGAACAAGAACUGCUUUCACUUUGUGUACAAUGUUACAGAUUGGAGCACUUGUCAGCUGAGUGAUAAAGCAGUCUGUGGUAAUGGAAUUAAAACAAGAAUGCUGGACUGUGUUCGCAGUGAUGGGAAGUCAGUCGAUCUCAGGUUCUGUGAAGAGCUGGGUUUGGAGAAAUCAUGGCAGAUGAACUCAUCGUGUGCUGUGGAGUGUCCAGUGAAUUGUCAGUUCUCUGACUGGUCGUCCUGGUCUGCUUGUUCUCGGUCAUGUGGUCUUGCAGGGGUAAUGACCCGCAAGAGAAUAUUGAUUCAGCCAUUCCAGGGAGAUGGGAGACCAUGCAUAAUGCAACUGGAACAGUCCAAACCUUGCCUAAUCAAACCUUGCUAUCGAUGGCAAUAUAGUGAAUGGGCCCAGUGUACAGUUGAGGAUGCUCAUUGUGGUGAUGGCAUGAAGUUUCGAAACAUAUCGUGCGUUGUGUUUGAUGGAUCCAAUGAUGAUCCUGGCAAUGUUGUGGAUGAGGAGUUAUGUGCCGACCUAGAACCUAUGGUGAAUGGAGCCAAGCAGAUCGUUCUGCAAGCAACCUGCACUGUCCCAUGCCCAGGUGACUGUUACCUGACAGAAUGGUCUGUGUGGAGUUCUUGUCAACUAACCUGUGUGAACAAUGAAGAUCUUGGCUAUGGUGGUGUACAGGUACGAACAAAGGCAGUGAUCAUCCAGGCAAUGGAUAAUGAGCACCUGUGUCCAGAGCAGGAACUGGAGACCCGCUCGUGUACAGGUGGCAGCUGCUAUGAAUACAUUUGGUUGGCUGGUGCAUGGACAGGAUCAUACCGAGAAGUGUGGUGUCAGAGGUCAGAUGGACUAAAUGUCACAGGUGGCUGUUCUGCAGUGAACCAACCUUAUGCCGACAGAUCAUGUAACCCACCAUGCACUAAACCUUAUAUGUACUGCACCGAUUCUGCAGUGUGUGCCUGUGAAGAAGGUUAUACAGAGGUGGUGACAACUGACAAUUUUCUGGACCAGUGUACCAUGAUUCCAGUGUUAGAGAUCCCUUCGGUGGAGGAAAAAAAAGCAGACGUGAAGACAAGUCGAGCCGUCAACCCAACCCAAACAUCUGACAACAAACAAGGGCACUCAGGACGGAUGUGGUUCUUACAGCCCUUUGGAGCAGAUGGGAAGCUGAAAACUUGGGUUUAUGGUGUGGCAGCAGGAGGUUUUGUCUUAAUAAUCUUCAUUGUCUCUAUGAUCUAUCUAGCCUGCAAAAAACCCAAGAAACCACAGAGAAAACAAAACAAUAAGUUGAAACCUUUGACCCUGGCUUAUGAUGGAGAUGCUGACAUGUAGUGUCCCUUAUUCUUGAAGAUCUUUCCCAGUCUUUCUUCAUUAGUGUAAGGUAUAACGUGCAGUAACGUUUGUCUGGUCUACAGUCCUUUAGAAAAUUCUGGGACAGUUUGUCAGAUUCUAUAGCACUGUGACAUUUUUACAGGAAGAUAGUUGGAAAAAUAUACCACAAGAUGUCAUUCUCAGUAUAAACGUAGGACAUCAAAUGAUACAGCUGCCUAUUUUUAGCAAGCUAAACCUAUGAAAUGAUGCUAAAGAACUAUGUACUUUCCAGUGCCCCAAAAAGAACCUUUGCUAUUAUCUGACUAAGAUUUUAAGACACAAAUUACAUUAUAAUUCAAAAGAAAAGCUGAACAUUGUAUUAAAUGCCUUUUGUCCAUCAUCUGUAUAUCAAAUACAAGAAUGAUGGUCAGUUUGAGAGUUAUCCAACUAUAACAGGAGCUAACUGAAAACUGACAACUGCUCACAGACCUGAUUGCACACUUACCAGAAAGAACAGACUUGGUGGAUUGAGAGCUUAAACUACGAACCCCAGACCAGAGCUGUUUUAAAGUGAUAAUUUUCCAAUGCUAAUGCACAAAGGAUGCAAAAUUACACUUCUAUCAACUUGCAGGCAACUGUAUAUGCAGCAACACAGAAUAAUAUACACAUGCUUGGUGAUAAGUCAACAGUAAGAGCAAGAAGGACUGCUGAAUUGCUAGAGUUUCUCGAAGAGCAUGAUCCUCAAAAACUGCAAAAUGCGAUAGUAAGAAAUACAAAUCAAAACAUUCAUCUGGGAAAUUGAAAUCUUAAAUAUUAACAGGUUGAACUUUUCCUCCUUAACUUUCCACGCAUUUACUUAUGAAACUUUAUAUGUAUUUCCAACAAGUUAACUAGUUACUCCAGUACCUAUUGCUGCUGAAAACACCCAUAACCAACUAUUAAUGUUGCAAACUAUAAUCUUCUUUAUUCCAUCUUAUGAAAUGCUUUCUCAAAAUGGCCAGGAAACCAUGGUCCGCAACACCUGUUAAAUGUGAGGCACUUCUUUGCACUAUAUUAGUGCUGCAUGAUAUGCACUUAAUCAGUUAUCACCUUAGAAAUAGCCUCUUUCUAGCAAAAGUGUCUCACCUCAGUAAUAUAAAAUAGAUAGUUUGAAAAGGAGCAAACUAAUAUUGUUUACUCAUGGAUUGUAACAGCUCUAUACUGUGGCAAAAUGAAAUCUGAGUAUUUCAGUUAGCGUAUGUAUAUACAUAUGUGUGUGUCUAUAGUCACUGCAGCUAUUUUGUAAAGUGUAUCGGUGGUCAGUAUAGUUGCAGUAUUUAUAGGCAUCUAGUUGAAUUUUUUGAAAAAUGUAAUUGUUCUUAUCUUACGUGCUUAUGUUGUGCAAACACUCCUCUAGCUGUUUUGCUAGUUCAAUCUUUUUAUACAGUUUUUCUGUUGCUCCUUUUAAAAGGGCGACAUAUUUUGGCUACUUUAUCAUUACCAAAACCUGAGGAAAAGCAGAGACUGCAGUUAGCACACAAAACGUCAAAAAUCCCAAUCAAGUUAAAUUAAUACAGCCAAUUUUAAGAAAAAUCAAUGUUGCCACACACUUCAUUUCUUUCAGAUAAAAUUGUUUGAGCAAAUUCCAUUUAUUAAUGCUACAUUGCCAGUACUUUAUAAGCAUUCCUCUUUGUGUAAAACGUGUUUAUUCUUUCAUUCUGAUACAAAGUAAGCAAGAAUCACUUUUCUGAAAGAAAUAUGGUAAAACAAAAUAACGCUGUUCAUCACUGAUCUAAGUGACGCAGUGUUUUACUGUCCUCUGAAAUGUAUGCUUGCAUCAGCAUUACCUCUUCUGGGAAAUUAUUAACGUUUGAAGCAAGCAAACCUUUUUUUUGUUUCACGGUAAUAAGAAUAUACUUUUCCUAUGAGACCCUUAAAUGAAUUGUUGAGACAAAGUAACUGCUAACUGUUAGAUCAUGGUAUAUGAUGUGCCCAAGGAACAGGAUUAACUUGUUUACAAUCUGAAAUUAUUUUAAGACAUUGGGAGCUUUACUUCUGUUACAGUUUGUUUUUACCUUUACUGUAUAUUUAGUAUGAGUGGUCAGUGUGCUGACAUCUGUCACCUUGCUCAAAACAAUUGCCAGUAAAGAGAUGUCACCACACAUGAAAUUAAACUCUUAGCAGUUUGCUUGCAUGUUUUCAAUGAAGCCAACAUCUGCCAAAAGAAUGUGUUUCUCUUUCAUUCCAAUGUUAAUUUGUAGAUAAAGGCAUUUUUUUUUAUUUUUUAAAUUAUGUACAUUUUUUUUAAAUUAAAAAAAUGUUUAUGUAUAACCUCCAAAAUUUUGCAGGGGGAAAUAAAUCCAAAUUUUAUUGAGUAAUAAUUAUAUUUAAAACAAAGAUGUGGCACAUGCUUUAUAGCAGGUUACUGUUUGAUAACAUUUAUUCUACCUGAAACAUUAAAUAAAAAAUUAUCAAG